CUGGAAUUCACCGCCUUCUUCUGCCCUCCCUUCCCUCUCCAGGCGUGUUCUCGCCGAACCCGAACCCGAAUGCCAUCAUGAUGCCCUAAAUUGAUGGAUAUCUGCUUGCGUUUUUGCUGCUAUCGGCAUUUCUCCCUUGCCAUGGCGUGCGAGUGGCUCCAGGCACCUUCCUGAUCCCCUCCCAGCCCGUCGGCAAGACAGCCGUCAAGGCGCACAGUGUUGCUCUGCGUGCGCAGAAGAGCCAGACCACAAAGAGCGACAGACACCCAUGGUAGGCGACACACAGAAGAAUCAGUCAGCAGCCACUGAGAGAUCUGUGAGGCCUUAUCUUGUGUGUGUUGAUUGAUUGAGAUCAGGCGUAUAUGCUCUUCGGUGAAGCCGACCUUUGGGAGAAAGGCCGAGAUUUUGUGGCAGAGGUAGGUAGACACAGAAAUGACAACACGGGGGCUCACCUCGGCUUACUUACAGUGCUGACCCCGUGUGUGUACACCUACAGGUGGAGGAGAGGGCUCUGGCAGAGGGAAAGAUUCCCAAGGUCAGUGACCAGCUCAGGGAACUUCAAAGGGCGAAAGGACGCGCUUUGGACGAGCUCUACAGCAUCAUUUACGAUAAGGGCUGGUGGGCGCUGGCGUUCUAUGGCCGCAUCGUUCAGCUGAGGCGGAAAAUCGACAAGUGGCAGGACGAGUUUGAUGAGCUGUGGGCAAAAUAUCAGAGACUCGGUGCGAUUGAUCACACACACGGGCACACGUGCGUUCUCUUUCUCAUGUAUGUCUUUCCUUGUGUGUGUGCACACAUCACUCAGAAGGGCCACCGGGCCCCAAGACCUGGCUUGAAUUAUUCCCGUAGCUAAUCAGCAGGGAGGGAAUGCACACGUGAGUGCGUAGCCUUGUAGGUUCUUCGUGGCAUGUCUGAAUGAUGACGCACAGACGAUCUACCGAUUCCGCCAGGCGGAUAGCUGCACCCUACAGACAUAAUGUGAGCCACCUUUUUUCCUCUCGAUUUGACGCCCUUCUGUCUGUCUGUCUGUCUGUCUGUCUGUCUCGUUCACUCGGGAACACUCACGUGCGUGUCUGUCUGC